AUCUCCGCUUCUCUCCCACCCAAAGAUAUCGGAGUCCGCAGUCCUCGAAGCACAAAGUUGUCCCGCCUUCCAGAUCGCGCUCUUUAGCGCCAGUGGCGCUCGAUAGUUUUCAGCGCCGCUUGUGCUCAUUCCUCGAAGUUUGCCACCAAAAUUCCGCCGAAGUCUUGAGCGCCGUGUGUGCUGAUUCCUUUCGUUUUCCGCGGCCAGGUUCUGAGGUGUUUGAGCGCCGAUCUUGCCGCAAUUUUUCGAAGUGCUUGAGCCUCGACGAGGGUGUUGAGAUUCUCGACCGAGCUGCUCAUUGGCAGGAGAGAUCCCACAGGCGUGGUCAACGAUCAUGGCGGGUGCUGCUCAAGCGGUUGCCGCAGGCUUUCUCUGUGAGAACGUUGGGGCUUCGGUGCUUUAUGUCUCCGCAGCUUCCAGCAAGGGGCAAAAGCUUUGUCGUACGAGUUACGCGGCAAGUUGCGCUUCUUCAUCGUCCCAGCAGCGAUGGUGGUCUUCGUUCUCCUCCCCUGCGACGGCUGCUGCUUAUGUCUCCAAUGUUCGACACAACAGGGGACUCGUCGUGCGUCCUCUCGGCAGCGGACUCCGUCAACUUGCCUCUUCGUGUUUCGACGCGGUUCUCACGCCUUCCUCGCUGGGGACAGAUCGCGACUGGCGGAGGGAGGCUGCGAGCAGGUCGUCGGCAUUGUCGAGGACGAGAUGCGCGCGGAUGGCCGGCGGUGAUGCCAGAAUGAGCACCAAUCAUUGGGCUUUAUCCUUGUCGUCAGGCUGUCACGAGAGAAUCAUCGGAGCUGCGGCGGUGGCGUUGCGCGCCGCCGCCUCGGCGGACAUGGUGGGGACGGAUGCUGCCGCCGCUGACGUGGAAGUAGAUCCGUCGGUGAUGGCGAUGGUGCAGUCAACGAUCGCCGAGAAGAUAUCGGAAGACGUGUCCAAGAUUGUAGAGGAUAUGGCGCUCAGCGACCUCGGGAUCGAUUCCCUCGACCAGGUUGAGAUCAUGAUGGCCUUCGAGGAGAAAUGCGGUGUGUCCGUCGAAGAUGGCGGUUCAGAGGGCGGAGCGGGAUCGUUGAGGACGGUCAAGGAUGUAGCCGUCUUUCUGCAAAAGCUCAUCGCCAAGAAGAACAACGAGCCUCAGGGAACUUCAUCCGAUUAGCGAGGUAUGUCAAGAAGGUUGUUUUAGUAGUCAUUUGACGGAGGAGGAUGAAGGGUGAUUAGGGAAGUUUUGCUUAGAAAUAUAGAUACGAGAUACGUAAUUAAGAAGAAAUAACCUCAGUGAAAACGACAGACAACCGGUUGCAGGGAACGUGGAUGGUGAAAUUCGACAAGAAGUGUCGUAGAUAGAUGUCGAUCCUGUUUAUAUCAUCAGGUUCCUUGCAAAGGUAGCCAAAUAUAGGAGAAAAUGCGGCAGGCUGAAGGUGAGUUCAGGAGUCUUGAUUUGAUAUAAGUGUGUGAGGAGGACAUUGCCGGUAGGCGAAGGGGUCGCCGCAGAAAUGGUCAAAGACGGUGUGGACUACCGACUUCAGCCCGAAUAGAACGCGCGUUCAUUAUCACUGCAUCUGGACUGAAAGACACCACGUACAGAUAUAAUUAUAGGGCGGGGCGGCGUAGAGAUGGUCAAAGGAGUGGACGAGGAGGUACGGGAGGAUUGUGACAAGUAGAGACCGUACUUAAUACGGAUCAUGCGGCACGGUGGUCGGAGAUGCAGGGGAGACGCUGGAGGGAAUGACGGUGCGUUAUAUUCGAUUAAGCAGUCCACUGAGGCGGACUUGUCUGUGACGAAUGACGGAGCGUUGACAGGUGAAAAAAAUGCUAUUACCAGCUUGGCUGUGUGCGGCGUGCAUUUUCUUGAGUGAUUUUUUCGGUUCUGUUCUAUUUAUUAAUCUUAGGGCGAACGGCCUUGAGAUAGCGUCGUUGGACUUGCCGCCCCAGGUAAUUCAGAAAUCACUCAGUUGGAAACGAUCAACUGUGUAUGAGUCAUUAUUUUCGCUCUUGUGCGGUGGAUUGAAGCCCAGCGCAUGUGGCUCAACGCUACACUAUUAGCUUUUGAAGAAUAGAUGUGAGUUCGAGUUCUUACAGAAUCAACCCCUUGAAAAAGUGCUUUUUUUUUUUUUUGUUUUUUUUUUGGUUGAAGAAGUACAUUUUUUACUAAGUCAAUUGAGAGAAGGCUACCCGACGCCGCCUACGGUGUCACUCGAAAAACUGUCUCUGCGCGUAAGCCAAGUGUUCGAGCAGUUGUGGAAUGUUGAUGACAUUGUCGAGCGCGAGCGGAAGAAAGCCAGAGGAGGGUCAUAGACUGUGAAAUGAAGCGUGCACGCAAGU